AGGAGUUGAUAUUAAACCCACACCACUGAUCUAUUACUACCACAAUUGUCGAUACUCGCUUGCAUAACUUUGUCACAGUAAUAACCAUGGCGGAUGCACAGAAACAGAUGCAGGCACUCUCGGACGAGUUCCAAAAAUUACAGACCGAACUGGAUAGUUUUGUCGAAGCUCGCCAGAAGCUUGAAUCACAGCAACAGGAAAAUCAGGGAGUCCAGAAGGAGUUUAACUCAUUGGAUGACGAUGCGAAUAUCUACAAGCUUAUCGGGCCGGUCCUGUUGAAGCAAGAUAAAAACGAAGCUCUGAUGGCUGUCAAUGGACGUCUUGAGUUUAUUGAAAAGGAGAUUAAACGGAUUGAGGGACAAAUCAAGGAAAAUCAAGACAAGAGUGACAAGAUGCGAGCAGAGAUGCUUCAAUACCAGAGCCAAAUGCAACAGCAAGCGGCAGCUACAUCCGCCUCCGCUUGAGCUUGAACACAUAUUUAACCCGUUUCAUAAAAAUGGAGUCUUCGGCGCUUACAGGUCAGAGCGCAGAAGCAAGCCC